UCGUGACUCGACUCCGUAAACUCUUCCCCCUUUGCAACGACGUACUGAGCGACGACUUCGGAAAACACCAUGCUAUCCGACAGCAACGAUCAGACCAAGCUCUCGCGCCUCGAAGCGUCUCUGAAGGAGGAGGUGCACCAGCUCAGGGUGCAGGAAGCCAAACUCAAGGCCACCACCGAAUCCUGGUCCGCUCUCGUCCACCUCAAGGACACCCUCAGAGCUGGAUUCCCCGAAUUCGGCGAGCCUAUCGAUCUCAACUCUCCCGAAGCUGCCGACCUGAUUGACUGCAACUAUCUCUUGGUCCAGAACGACAUCCACACUAGUCGAGCUUUCGUCGACAUGAAGGAGAACUACAAGAAGAUCAAGAAGAUCCUCGACAGGGCUCAGCUCAUCGUUGACGAGUUGGCCGAGAGCGAUUCCGAGAACCAUGUCUACAGUGAAAUGGUCAAGGUUCUUCGCGGUGUCGAUGGCCUGGUCGAGCCCAGAGCCGAUUGGGAGAUUCUCAUCAAGAAGCUUGCUGCCCUCAUUGCCCAUGCUGGUUGAUCCCUCUUGAUCAUCACUCCCAAGCAGGCAGAUCAUCACUUCGUCCGAGUGGAAGGGGGUUUUCACACAUGCGUAUUCACGUUACUAUUCAGAUCGUUGUCGCUAUUGUUAGCAUUGUCUCAUCUCGCCUUUUUAUUCACCUU